AUAAUAUAGUAAAAUAAAAACUCUUCACCUGCGCGGGCGAAUGGGCACUAUGCCUGCGCGUGCGGGAAUGCAUCAUCCGGCAGACAACAGUGCCCGCAGAAGUAACCGCUAAAUGACCGCAGAAGUGACCGCUAAAUGACCGCAGAAGUAACCGCUAAAUGACCGCAGAAGUAACCGCAAAGUGACCGCGAAAAUGGCGCAACGCAUGGCGCGGAGCGCUGCACACGGGGUGACCCGCUUCGCAGCGAGGAGAAUCUCAGCGAAGGCGCUCACUGGUUAUUUGGCACCCCCCGGAGGAACCUGGGGAUACGAAAUUAAAAACACACCGGCGUUGUCCGCACUUGGAAGGGAAAUCCCCUGUGUGGGCUGCCACGGUAAGAAGCGUGUGCCAUUUGGGAAGAACCAUUUUGGGACACUACAUAAAGGGGGGGAUGCAUAUGACUUUGAGGAGGCCGGCACAACGGCUUCCACACUGUGUAGAGAAAAACCGGAUGAUCAAAAUGGGUGUAAGGGGAAGAGCGGCCAGGUAAACGAAGCCACUACAGAUAUUGUUCAGCUGAAUGAAGAGGGGACCCCCCUCCCAGGUGAUGCCUCAGACGUGAUUACCACCGAUGGUAUGAAAAACGAAGCUGCCGCAGAACAGGGAAGGGACAAAACCACAAAGGAAUACAUGGUGCUCAUGUUCACAUGCAAAAUAUGCGAAAAGAAAAGUGCGAAGAAGUUUUCCAAGCAGGCAUAUAAUAAUGGGGUGGUUAUUAUUCGCUGCCCCUCCUGCGAGAACCUCCACUUGGUUUCGGACCAGCUGGGGUGGUUCCAGGAAGGCAAGACCAACAUUGAGGACAUUCUGAAGCAGAAGGGGGAAAGCGUAAUUAGAAAGUUCUCCUAUAACAACCUGCUCGAGAUCGACGAUUUGCUGAAUGCGUACAAGUGA